AUUACGUGUUCGGCAGUUUUACAUCAUCAGAAAGUCCAACCAGCUUAAGCAGCUUCGUUUGAAGGAACUAUUCAAGUUAUAUUAUGCACAAUGUAUUCGGUAAACCUCACUCUUAUCCUACUGAUCCUCUUGCCAGUAGCCGCAGAUAGAACUCAGUUUAUGGUGGGCAGCAUCUUUACAUCAGACAAAGAUGAAUCGGAAAUUGCAUUCCGAACAGCGGUGGACCGUGCUAACAUAUUGGAGCGAAACAUAGAACUCGUCCCAAUUGUGAUGUACGCCAACACGGAUGAUAGUUUUAUCAUGGAGAAAAUGGUUUGCAACUUGAUCUCUCAAGGAGUAAUUGCCAUUUUCGGGCCCAGCACAGGCAGCAGUUCUGAUAUAAUUGCCUCCAUAUGUGAUACACUAGAUAUACCGCACAUAGUGUACGACUGGAUCCCCAAUGAGUCAAUACCAGACCGAGAGCACUCCACAAUGACCCUGAAUGUGCAUCCAGAUAACCUCUUGUUGUCCCAGGGACUAGCGGAAAUUGUGCAAAGCUUUGGCUGGCGUAGUUUUACAGUGGUCUAUGAGUCCGAUAAAGAGCUUCAGCAACUUCAGGAUAUCUUACAAUUUGGUGAGCCCAGCAGUAAUCCAACAACAGUGAAACAGCUGGGAUCAGAUGACGACCACAGACCUUUCUUAAAGGAGAUUAAGCUCUCCACCGAUAACUGCCUCAUCCUGCACUGCUCCCCAGAUAACCUGUUAAAAAUAUUGCAACAAGCAAAUGAGCUUAAGAUGUUGGGCGAAUAUCAGAGCGUUUUCAUACCCCAACUUGACACCCAUUCCAUCGAGUUUGGCGACCUCUCUGGUGUCGAGGCCAACAUAACUACGGUCCGAAUAAUUGAUCCAACCGAUUUCCAUAUAAAGAACGUGGUGCAUGACUGGGAGGAGCGCGAGAAGCGCGAGGGACGCUACUUUAAAGUUGAAUCAGACCGCGUAAAGACCCAGAUGAUACUGCUCAACGAUGCCGUUUGGCUCUUUUCCAAGGGACUGACGGAGCUCGGAAUUUUCGAAGAGCUUUCUGCGCCCGAGCUCGAGUGCAGACGAAAGAAACCAUGGCCUUUCGGCAAACGAAUUAUUGAGUUCAUGAAAGCGCGUUCCGAGGAGACGUCCACGGGCCGAAUUGACUUCAAUGAGAAUGGACAAAGAAGCUUCUUCACCCUGCGGUUUAUGGAACUAAAUGCUGGUGGCUUUUUGGAUUUGGCCACUUGGGAUCCGGUUAACGGAUUAGAUGUCCUUAAUGACGACGAAGAGAGCGAGAAGAGAGUGGGUCAAAAGCUGUCCAACAAAACAUUUAUUGUGUCCUCUCGCCUGGGAGCCCCAUUUCUAACACUGCGUGAGCCGGAGGAAGGGGAAAUCCUUACGGGGAACGCCCGCUACGAGGGCUACUCCAUAGACUUAAUCAACGAAAUUGCCAAAAUGCUCAAUUUUAAGUAUGAAUUUCGAAUGUCACCCGAUGGCAAGUACGGAGCUCUCAACAAGGUCACCCAGACUUGGGAUGGUAUUGUCAGACAACUGAUCGACGGGAACGCCGAUCUGGGAAUCUGCGAUUUGACAAUGACGUCUUCCCGACGCCAGGCCGUUGACUUUACGCCGCCUUUCAUGACUCUGGGAAUCAGUAUACUGUUUUCAAAGCCCCCUACUCCACCCACUGAUCUGUUCUCAUUCUUGUCCCCGUUCUCUUUGGAUGUGUGGAUCUACAUGGGAUCCGCAUAUCUCUUCAUUUCCCUGCUGCUAUUCGCACUGGCUCGUAUGGCACCCGACGACUGGGAAAACCCUCAUCCCUGCAAGGAGCCUGAAGAGGUGGAGAACAUAUGGUCGAUUAUGAACACCACCUGGCUUUCGAUCGGCUCAUUAAUGGGGCAGGGCUGUGAUAUUCUGCCCAAGGCCGCCUCUACUAGGUUGGUGACUGGAAUGUGGUGGUUCUUCGCUCUGAUGAUGCUGAAUUCCUACACUGCCAACUUGGCUGCCUUCCUAACCAAUUCCCGCCAAGGAAACUCCAUUAACAGCGCAGAAGACCUAGCUGCCCAGAACAAGAUUAAAUACGGAGCCAUGGCCGGUGGUUCCACGAUGGGCUUUUUCCGGGACUCCAACUUCAGCACAUACCAAAAGAUGUGGACGGCCAUGGAAAGCGCAAGUCCCUCAGUUUUCACAAAAACUAACGACGAGGGCGUCGAGAGGGUACAGAAAGGCAAGAAUCUAUAUGCCUUUCUGAUGGAGUCCACCACUUUGGAGUACAAUGUGGAGCGAAAGUGCGAUCUGGUGCAGAUUGGCGGUUGGCUAGACUACAAGAGCUAUGGCAUCGCCAUGCCCUUCAAUUCGCCAUAUCGCAAACAGAUCAGCGGGGCAGUGCUAAAGCUCGGCGAGCUCGGGCAGCUGGCUGAACUAAAACGAAAGUGGUGGAAGGAGAUGCACGGCGGGGGCAACUGCGAGAAAAGCGACGAAGAUGGGGGAGAUACACCCGAACUAGGGUUGGAGAACGUGGGCGGUGUCUUCCUGGUUCUUGGUCUUGGUUUAUUUGCAGCCAUGGUGCUCGGAUGUACAGAGUUUCUCUGGAACGUCAAAUCUGUGGCUAUUGAAGAGAAGAUCUCGCUAAAAGAUGCCUUAAGGUCAGAGGCGUUGUUCGCAGCUAGAAUUUGGAUCACUACUAAACCAGUACACACAAGCUCUGGCUCUGAAGGCUCAUCUUCGUCUAGCUCCUCGACCAGUCGCUCCAAGCAUUCAUUGAAGUCACAGGGCCUUUCUAUGAAAAGCCUCAAGAGCUCAGGGGAUCAUGACAUAGAGGCAUCGGUCCACAACAAGCUGAAGAAAAUCGGUUCCAUGUUCUCACUAAAAUCACAGAAGACAACCACACCGCCCCCCGAGAUAGGCUGGAAAUUGGACAAGUCGACACAAAUCGAUGAAUUGCCAACAUCUGAAGGCGAACCCGAACUGAUCCCGGAGGAAGAACUAGAGCAUCAGCCUCAUCGACAUCAUCAUCAUCACCACCAUCAUCGCCAUCAUCACCACCACCAUCAACCCGAUCAGGAGCAUGAUAGAGAUCCAUCACCUCUUGAAUAAUGACGAUUGACUAAUAAUCGAAUAAUGGACAACAUCUUACCAACCUCUUAACCUAAAAUAUUAAUUAACAUACUAUUUUAAAUAACAUAUACAUUUUUGCGAACAAUUUCUUUAUCAAAAUCAGUAUAAUAAAGUUUUAAAGUUUAACUUUAUAUCAGUAUAAUAAAGUUUUUUUUAUGAAAAGCAUAGAAACGAUUCUGUCAGUAGUAAGCCUUUGAAGAUUCUAUACAUCGUAAUUGCUAGUAUCCUACCACCAGUUUUGUUCCAUUAUUAUUAGGCAAAGAAUACAAAUAAAGCAACCUUCUUACAAUAUGUAUGAAAUUUAUUACUUAAAUUUCGAGAUUAAUGCAUUUAAUGAACAGGUAUACUAUGAUAUAGUAUAUAUAUGUAUAUACUGCAUAUAUAUGAGUAUAUGCUGCAUUCGUAUGGCUUAUCCGUAUUUAGAUGAUCAUGAGUAAGUCCCAUUUAAACUAAUUUUCGAUCACCCAACGGCAUUGCGCCAAAUUCAGAUUUUAAUUAUAUCGGCGUAUUCUUUAAAGGUGUGUUUAAGUUAUUUUAUCCUUUUUCUUAAGGUUUUUCAGUUACUUACCGGUAAGUAUAUUAAGGUGGGUCGAAUUUGAUGCUGUAAAAUAAAACAAGAGCUUUAGUUCUGAGUUUGGGUUUCAUUAAGGAACUGCUACGCAAUUUUCGGUUUAUAUAAAUAUAAAUAUUCAUUUUGCUAGUGAAAUGGGACAAAA